AUGGAAGACUAUGACGUGGAGGACGUGGACGACGUGCCGGAGAAAGUGAGUGUUCAAUUAGAAGCGAUGGCAAAGGCUACUGUGGAAAUGGUGGAUAGGGAACUCAACGACUUUUUACCCCUGAAACUGGAAGAAUCUUCUUCAACUGAUGAACGAGAGGAAUACGACGAACUAUCAGUGCGGUUUUGCGAUUUCAUGGAAGCUGGUGGUUGCAAAGAAUCCUUUAAGGCUUUGGAAGAUUGCAUGGAUGAUACUCAAAGGAUCCUCAAGUGUAGGAAACACUUAACGCUUCUGAAGAAGUGUAUGGAUGCUCACUUUUGUUACUAUCAGCCAAUUCUCAAGAUUGCCAAGACUGCUGAGGUCAAUAUGCUCAAGGAUAUCCACGCCUUCGUCUUGAAGCAAGAGGAAGAGGAGCUGGCUGCUAGUAACCAAGCUGAUGAGGGCUGA